AUGUCUCAUAUUGGACCUGCAUAUGGAUCAUUGGCUGCUAAUCAAAGAAAGAUUGCAGCAAAACGUGAUCCAAACCUUGAUCGAGAGGCACAAGAAUGGGUUGAAGCCGUAAUUGGAGAGAAAUUUCCGAGUGAUCCUUAUGAGGAUGCACUCAAAGACGGUGUUAUUUUGUGCAAAUUAAUGAACAAACUUCAACCGGGCGCCAUUCCGAAAUAUGCUACGACAGGUGGAGCAUUCAAAUUACGUGAGAAUAUCUCACUUUUUCAAAAUGCUGCUCGUGCUUAUGGUCUAGGCGAAACUGAACUCUUUCAAACUAUUGAUCUUUUUGAAAAACGUAAUAUUCCUCAAGUAACUCAGUGUAUAUUUGCACUUGGUCGAAAUGCACAGAAAAGAAAAUUUAAUGGACCGAUACUUGGUCCAAAAAUGUCUGAUGCCAAUGUGCGUGAUUUUAAUGAAGAACAAUUACGUGCUGGGCAAAGCACACUCGGUUUACUCAAUGAAGGCAUGAUUAAAGGUGCGAAUCAAUCUGGCCAAAAUUUUGGUACUCAAUCAAAAUCUGAAAAUAGUACUUCAAUACCUAAACAUCAAUCUCAAGCAGAAAAACCACAAAUCCGAGAAACAAAUUCAAAUCGACUAACUUACACUGAAUCUGUAAGAGCAUCAUCAGAAUUGUCAGACAGUUCAAUUUUAGUAGAUGAUCGUCAAAGAUCUCGUAGUCGACAACGUCAAUCACAACAACGUACAUUAAGCAGUUCUUCUGUUGAAAAUCUUCUCAUCAAUCUACAAAAUAUUCAACUACCAUCAUCAUUGUCAUUAUCAUCAUCAUAUUCACAUAUCAAUGAACAACAAGAAGAAGAUGAAAAUAGUCUUCAAGUGCUCAUUGAUCUUGCACGCGAUACAGAUUCAACACGAAUCAAUAAACUUAAUCUUCUUUAUUCAUUUGUUGAAGAUUCUAUUGGAAUGGUUGAACUUCGUAGUUUACUUAGCUUUAUCAAAUCAUCGUCUAAAAUAAAUAUUAAUGAACCUCCCCUUAAUCUUUAUUCAUCUAUUUUACCUACUCUUAUUGCUUUAAUUUUGCUUGAAAAUGAUAUUUAA